UUUUGCUUGCUUUCUCCUUUGUGUGUGGGCUUUGUAGCUGUAGGGCUAAGCGGGCAUCAUGGCUGCUCAGAAAGAUCUCUGUGAUGCCAUUGUGAUAGGGGCAGGCAUCCAAGGCUGCUUCACAGCAUACCACCUGGCCAAACACGGGAAGAGGGUCAUCCUGCUGGAGCAGUUUUUUCUACCACACUCCCGAGGAAGCUCCCAUGGGCAGAGCCGGAUAAUCCGGAGGGCGUACCCCGAAGACUUUUACACCCAGAUGAUGGAUGAGUGCUACCAGAUAUGGGCCCAGCUGGAGCGUGAGGCUGGGACCCAGUUACACAGGCAGACUGGGCUACUGCUGCUGGGAAUGAAGGAGAAUUCAGAAUUAAAAACCAUCCAGGCCACUUUGUCUCGACAGGGGGUGGAACACCAGUGUCUCUCCGCUGAGGAACUAAAGCAAUGUUUCCCCAAUGUUCGGUUGGCCAGGGGAGAAGUGGGGCUCUUGGACAAGUCUGGAGGGGUUCUCUAUGCAGACAGGGCCCUCAGAGCCCUCCAGGAUGCAAUUCAGCGUCUCGGAGGCCUAGUGCAUGAUGGAGAGAAGGUGGAGGAGAUAAAACCAGGGCAACCCAUCACAGUGAGAAGUACUUCCAGGAGCUACCAAGCCAGAAGCUUGAUCAUCACAGCAGGUCCUUGGACUAACCGGCUCCUCCGUCCCCUGGGAAUUGAGCUGCCCCUCCGGACCCUGCGGAUCAAUGUAUGUUACUGGCGAGAGAAGGUUCCUGGAAGCUAUGGUGUAUCCCAGGCCUUUCCUUGCUUCCUGGGGCUGGGCCUCAGCCUGGCUCCCCACCACAUCUAUGGGCUGCCUUCCGGAGAGUACCCAGGGCUGAUGAAGGUCUGCUAUCACCACGGCAACGAUGCAGAUCCUGAGGAGCGGGACUGCCCGGAAGCAUUCUCAGACGCCCAAGACAUCCACAUUCUGAGCCGCUUUGUUAGAGAUCACUUACCUGACCUAGAGCCCAAACCUGCCAUUAUGGAGCGCUGCCUGUAUACGAACACCCCCGAUGAGCACUUUGUUCUUGAUCGCCACCCGAAGUAUGACAACAUUGUCAUUGGUGCUGGAUUCUCUGGGCAUGGAUUCAAGCUUUCCCCUGUUGUGGGGAAGAUCCUGUAUGAAUUAAGCAUGAAAUUAACACCAUCCUAUGACUUGACACCUUUUCGAAUGAGCCGCUUCCCUGGCCUGUGUAAAGCCCACCUUUGACCCCUGGCCAGCUUUAACCUCUGGCUAUUAAAUGGCAGCCUGUUCCCUUGCCUCUCUUGAGUCCCCUGUCAACAGCGGAUGAUUGAAUCGACCUUCUUUCUCUGGCCAGCUCCCCAUCCCACUACUUUCUUGCUUCCAGAAGGUCAACCAGAUAUUCUAUCAUCACCAAGUAACAAGGACCUUU